CGUCAAUAUGCAUUAUAUGGCUUAGAGGGAAACAAGAACCUGUCUUGUUCAUUUAGAUAACGGUGGCAUUUAGGAAGCUAUUUUCUCGUAAAUUUCAUAAACUUAAACCACGAACAAUGGCUGGCACUUUGGCUCGUAAAGCGAUUGACCAUCUAAAAAGCAAGGAAUUUAGGGAUUACUUGAUGAGGUACCAUUUCUGGGGGCCAGUAGCAAACUGGGGACUGCCUAUAGCUGCCAUCAGUGACAUGAAGAAAAGCCCAGAGAUCAUCAGUGGGAGGAUGACCUUCGCUCUUACCUGCUACUCUCUGGUGUUCAUGAGAUUUGCCUAUAAAGUCCAGCCCAGGAAUUGGCUCCUCUUUGCCUGUCAUGUAACCAAUGAAACAGCUCAGCUCAUACAAGGAGGAAGACUAAUUAAAUACAAGCUGGAGAAAAAGCUUGCUUCAUAAGAACGGGUGAACACUGAAGAUUUGCUCAGAAAAACAAGAGCCAGUGCCUGUGUUUAAUAAAAUUAUGCCCAUUCAAAUUUGCCAUCAAAUGUCAAGUGAACAUUGCCAUCUGGCUUUAAUUUUUAGUUUUUGUUGGGUAAAUGCCUUGAUAAAUUAGACUAUAAUGCAUCCUGUAUAAUUUCGAUCCAGGUUUCAAGCAUAGGUCUAUUGCAAAAUCUUACAGUGUUGAUGUGGUAUAAAUGUUAAAUGUCAUCUGUAAUUAAGGCUUUUUAAAUUAUUCUGUAUAACAAUUGAGGAUAAUUUAUGAGAUUCUUACCUUACCGAAUAAAUUUGAUACUGACA